AUGGCUGUCAGAGAGGUGUGGCACGCCAUAUCCCAGCCUUUGGGCUUGUUAGGAAUUGUUGGCAUUGUAUUCAUCACGUUUGUCGUCUACCUUAUCAUCUAUAGCCAUACCGCAGGCCUCCACCACAUCCCGGGUCCAUUUCUCGCGCGCUACACGAACCUACACGCCUGGCUUCACGCCCAGUGGUAUUGGGGCACGAAUGUGUGCUACCUCCGUCGCUUACACUCCACAUACGGCGAUGUGGUGCGCGUUGGGCCACGUAGGGUUAGCGUGAGCAAUCCGGAUGCUAUUCAGGCUAUAUACGGGAUGAAGGCCUCCCUGAAUAAGUCUGAGUUGAUCCGCGCCGCCCAGCCGCUCGGUAAAGGCCCUGAGAAUCUCUUUUCCGUCCGUGACAGCAAGAUCCACGGACGUAUGCGCCGCGCCGUGGCCAAUGCCUACUCGGUCUCAACGAUUGUGCAGUACGAGCCGCGGAUUGACGACACGCUUGGUGCGCUGUUCAAGGUUUUGGAGGGCGAAGACCCAGAAACAAAUAUUGGGCGGUGGGUGCACUACUACGUAUACGAUGUCGCUGGGAACAUGACCUACGCUCAACCGCUAGGCUACUUGGAACAACGCCGCGAUGCGUUGGGACUGAUCAAACAAACCAAGAUGCUCCACCGAUAUAUCAACUGCACCAUGCCGAUGCCGAUCUUGCACGACGUGGCUAGUUUCGUAGUUCGCCUGUUCAAGGCACACAGUUACACUAUCUUCUACCUCCUUUCUAGGCGGAAGGUCCAGGAGAGGUUGGAUUCCAGCACAGAUUCAACGAAGAACAGAAGCAGUAAUAAUGAGACGUCCUCCAAACCCGAUAUCCUUGCGCACUUCGUCGCCUCGCGGGAGAAAUACCCCGACUGGAUGACAGAAGACCAGAUUGUCAAUCAUUGCAUGGUAAACGUUGUCGCUGGCGUCGGAACAUCAACUACAUCCAUCAAUAACGCGCUCAAGUACCUGGUGGCUCACCCAGAAGCCCAAGAAAAGCUGUACCAGGAACUGCAGGCUGCCAACGUCAGCUCUCCAGUGAGCUGGCGCGAGACACAGGCGCUGCCGUAUCUGGAAGGCUUGGUGCGCGAGGGCAUCCGUCUACGAGACGCAAGUAGUUUCAACCCCAACGGCCGCAACGUCGGACCUGAAGGUCUAGAACUCCCUGGAGGUGUGUAUUUGCCCCCGGGCACCGUUGUGGGCAUGAAACCGAGUGUAGCUUCAGUACAAACGCGGACCUUUGGAGAGCAACCAUACGAAUUCUGGCCGGAGCGAUGGUGCCGGCGAGACGGCGAGCGGGGGGAGGAAUACGCCGAACGCAGGUCUAAGAUGGACGCGGGCGAUAUGUCCUUCAGUGCCGGAACCCGAGGGUGCAUUGGUAAGGGAAUCGCCCUGAUGCAGAUCUAUAAGUUUGUAGCGACCCUGGUGAGCCAGUAUAAGCUGCUUCCUGCGACACGUUGCGACCAUCCGGAGAGCAACUAUGAGUUUUUCUGCGUUUUGCAACGAAGAGAAUCAGUGUAG